UAUACUGUAGACGUGGUGUAAUUCAUUUUAGUAUUAUUACUCUAUGGUGUAAUUAUAACGUAUUAUUGUUACUUGAUCAUAACUUAACAAAAAAAAAAGAAAACAGCUUAUAUUAUAGUAGUGACUAAAAGUGAGAGUUGAGAAACCGUCUUUCAACUACUUCUAUUUUAAUGUUUUUAUUUUAAAUAAUCUAUGAAAAAAAAUCUUUAAGUCUAAACACUCAAUACCCAUAGUAAUAUUAUAAAACUGUAUUAUCAUUACAACAAUAAAUUGUUAUUAUUCUAUUUUAUUUUUUAAAAAAAAGAAAUAUGAUGUUAAAUUAAAUAAUAACAAUAAAAAAAAAAAGUACUUACAUAGCUUGUAGAAAUUGAGGUACUUUUUCUAAGUAUGAUGGCUGGUCUAUUUGUUAGAGUUGUUUUGACAAUCUUUUGACUGGCUAUUGAAGAUGUUUGGUAAACUGCUGGCUGGCUGUUGUUUUGGCGAAGAAGACUGUUCUGCUGCUGGCUGCUCUUGGAACUGCUGUUGCUUGAACUGAUGACGAUAAGCUAAGAAAUUCUGGGUUUUAUACCCGAAAAUAACCCUCUCUUCUCUCAUUAGAAUUUUUUGUGAUGGAUUUAAACAUUUCAACUUAUUUUACAUCCUGUUUUAAUAUUAUAAUGGCAUUGACAUUAAGUAAAUGUGAAAACAUUUGACUGAGCAGGUUAUAUUAGCAGCAAUUUAGAUUCAUUUAAUAUAAUUGGUUUUUGAGAAUGAAUGUAUACAUUCUAAGCAUUGACAUUUAGUAAAUGUGAUAACAUUUGGCUGGACAGGUUAUGUUAGCAACAAUUAAAAUUCAUAUAAUGUAAUUGGUUUUUGAGAAUGAAUGUAUACAUUCUAAUUUAUUUUAAAUCCUGUUUGUAAUAAUUUAAAUUCAUGUAAUGUAAUUUGCUGUUGUAUAUGAACAUGUUUCAGCACCCAUCUAAGGUAAGGUUAUUGUAGAAAUUUAUUCAAGGAGGGUAUUGACCAUGGUAAAAGGUGAAUGUCAUAAACAUUUGGCUGGGAUAGGUUAUGUUAGCGUCAAUUUAAAGUCAUGUAAUGUGAUUUUGCUGUUGUACCUGUAUGUUCAUGUUUUAGCAGGUUUCUAUAAUGUAAGGCUAUGACCAUUUGUAUACUUAAUUAUUGAAGUAGUGGUAAAAAUCUGUGUAUAAAAGACAGAGGGUAUUCUCUAAUAUUCACCAGUCUUCAAGAUUUCAUCCCAGGACAAGAAGCUCAGUUCAACAGAAAUACUACCAAAAUAAAAUGUCGUACCGUACAAUUGCUUCAACUGAUUCAGAGAAUGAACAUUUUAGCGAAUCAAUUGAUAUAAGACCGUCUUUUUCAAAAACAAAACCUGGAUCAAAACGUUCUGCAGAAAAAACAAGUGUUAAAAAACCUAUGAAAAAGAAGCAGAAUAAAAUGAAUGCAUCAUACAGAGAUAAUAUCAGCGAACGCUUGAGAUCAGAAGAUUUUGAUGUUGAAGUAUUUAAUUCGCUAACAUUCAGACAAGGAGAUGGCGUUGUGACAAUAAAGACGCCUUUUGAAGAAAAAGGAAAGGAUCUUUGGGUGCUAAGUCAUUAUAAGGUUACUAACAUCGAGAAUGUACCAGUAAAGGACAGAUGGAAGUUCAGUGAAGCUACUGUUAGAUUGUACACGACCGACGAAUCAAAAGAUCAAACACUUCAUACUGGUCUUAAUGAGACAAUGCAAAUUAUAUUUGAUAAAUUACUAACCGAUCCAAAGCGUCAAACUAUUAAAAGCAAGACGGUUGUUUGA